AUGGCUCGUCCGCUGCGGAAAAUCCAGCGCUACUUCCGGCGGAAACCGGUGCGUUUCUUCACCUUCAUUCUCCUAUACCUCAGCGCGGGCAGCCUGGUGUUCCUUCACUCCGGCUUCAGCGGAAACGCACGCGACAGCGGGGGCUCCGAGGCCUCACUGCAAGGGCAGGAGCAGGGCAUGAUGGGAAGGGUUUUUAGAGAGCCACGCAGACCUGCCCGUAGGUACGGCGCCCCCUGGAGGAAGCCCAGCAGUCAGCAGUCCCCUGAGUGGGCAGUCAGAGGACACUACACCACCAGCUGGACCAGAGGGCAUAAAAGUCACAGCAUCAAAGACAUGGAGGAGGGCCGAGCGAGAUACAUUGGCUGCUAUGUUGAUGACACACAGAAACGGGCUCUCAGAGGAGUUUCCUUCUUUGACUACAAAAAAAUGACUGUCUUCCGUUGCCAGGACAACUGUGCCGAAAGGGGUUACCUGUAUGCAGGCUUGGAGUUUGGUGCGGAGUGUUACUGUGGUCAUAAGAUCCAGGCCGUGAACGCGUCAGAGAGAGAGUGUGACAUGGAAUGCAAAGGGGAGAAGACCAACAUGUGUGGAGGAGCAAAUCGUCUGUCUGUGUACCGUCUGGAGCUCAGCCAGGAGUCUGCACGUCGGUAUGGAAGUGCCAUUUUUAAGGGUUGCUUCCACAGACCUGAUAAUGUGUCUCUGGCUCUGCCCGUCUCUGCUGCUCUUCACAACAUGUCAGUGGACAAGUGCGUGGACAUGUGUACUGAGAAGGAGUUUUCAUUGGCUGUGCUGGCGGGAGAUCAGUGUCACUGUGGAUUUCCCACAAUCCUCUUCCCUCUGCAUGAGCGGGAGGAUGAGGAGCUGUGUCGCCAGCGCUGCGCGGGCGAAGAAUUCGAGAGCUGCGGGAACGAGCAUUACUUUGUGGUCUACCAGACGCAAGUGCAAGAUAACCGGUGUAUGGAUAGGCAUUUCUUGCCAACGCGUUCGAGGCAGCUGGUGGCCUUGGCCAGUUUCCCAGGUGCAGGAAACACCUGGGCACGUCACCUCAUUGAGCUGGCCACAGGGUACUACACUGGCAGCUACUACUUUGACGGGUCGCUUUACAACAAGGGGUUUAAAGGGGAGCGGGAUCACUGGCGGAGUGGCAGAACUAUCUGCAUUAAGACUCAUGAAAGUGGCAAAAAGGAGAUUGAAGCUUUUGACUCCAGCAUCCUGAUGAUCCGUAACCCAUACAAAGCACUGAUGGCGGAGUUUAACCGCAAAUAUGGAGGACACAUCGGCUUCGCCUCUCAGACUCACUGGAGAGGGAGAGAAUGGCCAGAGUUUGUGAAAAACUAUGCUCCCUGGUGGGCGUCACACACGUUGGACUGGCUGCGGUUUGGAAGGAGGGUCCACGUGGUCCACUUCGAGCAUCUGAAGAGGGACCUGUUUGGUCAGCUGAAGAGCAUGGUUCUGUUUCUGGGCCUGGAGGUGUCGGAGGACCGGCUGCUGUGCGUGGAGGGUCAGAAGGACGGCAAUUUCAAACGUUCCGGACUCCGUAAGCUGGAAUAUGACCCUUACACUGUGGAAAUGCGUUCCACCAUCGAUUCCCUCAUCAGGACAGUGGACGCGGCCCUGAGGAAGAGAAAUCUCUCUGGCGUGCCUGAGGACUACUGGCCCAGAUGA